UUGUGAGUGCGCAAAAUGGCAUUUGUAAAAAUUUACAUUGUAAACCUGAUGAGUUUUGUUCACCAUCACAUAAUUUAUGUUUUAAAUGUUCAGAAAUUUGUAAAGUAGGACAUGAAUUAAAGGACGAAUGUGAACAUGGGUGUGCUGCUUACAUUUUGGAGCAAAAUAAAACUCAACAAUAUUUGGAAAUACGUGAUUUAAAAGAAAAUGUCAAGAAUUUACAAUCAUUGGUAAAAAUUUCCUUCAUUCUUAGUGGUGUAUCAAUUUUAAUUAUCAGUUUCAUGAUUUUGAUUAUGACAUAUAAAUGGUGCCAACGAAAAGGAUUUUCUUUACCAAAACUUUUCCAUAAAAAAUCAGAAAAAAAGAUGCCAUCGAAUUCAAUUCGAGAGCCUGAUUCUACUUUAACCGAUAUCAAGAUUCCAACAAUUAGUAGAAAUGGUGAUUUACAAUUAAAAGUAACAGAAAAUUCGUUAAAUGGUGGUGAUACUGUUGUUGAUAGUCCUACAACGAUGACAACAACAAUCAGCCGACGUGGGGCACCAUCUGAAAGUCGUGGAUUCGAUUAUACCUAUGAUAAUCCAGCUAUGAGUACUCAGGGCACACAAGGAUCUCGAGAUACUGAAUUUUAAUCAAUUUUAUAAUUGUUUCAUUAUCUUCAAAAGUAUUUAGUUAUUGAUAUUAUACCAGCGGUUUAGGAAGAACAUUUCCUAAUGAAUUAAAGGAAAUUCUAUCUAUGGUAUCGCCUUAUUUAGGAAAUUAUAAAUAAUUUUCUUAUAACAGGGGGUAUGGGAUUGCUUCUUCAUUAAAAUGGGAAGUUAGGCUUUUCCUUUCACUCAAACUCAAGCUUCUUUAAAUAGCGGUUCGUUCGAAGAAUAACCAUUUUUAUUUUUGCUCAAUAUUUUGUUUUAACAAAAACCUAAUGUAAAUAUCUUGUGUUGCAAAAACAAAAAAAUACACGACCCCCAUUCUGAAAACCGCUGGACUAUUAUGAUUCGACAAGUGUUUGCUCAAAUCUGUGGAAAACUUCAGAAGACUUCAGUGCUUUUAUUUUCGAUAUGUAACAUGCAGUUUCGUGUUUACAAAGGUAAACAUUGAGUUUUCUUCUUAAUUUUAAAAUUAUUAUCGUAAACUAUAUGCAAAGUACUCAUUUUUGAUUUAUUAGCUACUUAAAAUUAAAAUUUCUCGAUAAAAAAAAAAGUGGUGUGAUGCUACUUUUUGUAGGUACUACAAUAAACUUAUACUUUUUGGAAAUUAAAUCUGUAGUCGCAGAAACGAAGCUCUGAAGUUCGAAAAAUUUGAACAGAAAGACAGAUUUGAAUGCGGUUUUCUGCUUUCAAUUUGUUAAAGCGUCAGGAAAUUUGGUGACCUAAAUUGAUUUAUUAGAAAUUAAAAAUAUGCAAUUUGCAUACAAAAACUUGUUACUCGGAAGUUUUUGGGGUUGUGAACUCGAAUAUCGCAAUAAAAUUGGUCUCCGAAAUACCUGGUGCCCAAGGUGAACAGUAUCCUCGUCGUCACCUGGAGUUUUUGAGAAAUUAGUAUUAACGUUCAAUUUAAAAUGCAAAUUGCAUAUUUUUAACUUUUUAUAAAUCAAUUGUAUGUCACAAAGUUUCCUAAAGCUCUUACGAAUCAAAUACAGAAAACCGCAUUCAAGUCUAUCUUUUGUUAAGAUUUUUCGAUCUUUGACCGUUUUUAGUGUUCCGUUUCUGCGGCUAUUGAGGGUAUUAACAGAUAUUAUUGGAUCAUCCUGACAGUGUUCGUUGCUCUUCUCACUUAAUGCUAAUGAUGUAUAUGCAUCCGUCCAGAUAAUGUUGCACAAGAUUUAUCAUUUAGUAGGAAGUGAUUAGGGCAGAUAACACGGCAUAUGGGCAAGUGAAACUAAUGCUCAAUAAUCGCAACCAAUUCUCUUUUUAAUCUCUCACACUUAAUCGAAAGAUGGGGACAGACGGAUAUUAACCGCAAACUUAGACUUUUCGGAAAGGUAAACAUUUUUUCGCUUCAGGAUUAUAUUUCAUUAAUUAAAGUCUUUGAUUGUCUCUCGUUUUAAUUAGUUUACCAAUGCAAACAAUUGUUCUCCACUCUUUUAAGUUUUGGCUAGUCGUAGCAAUAAAUAUCUACCUAAAUAAGUGAAUUUUUUGUAAUGAUGCGGCAAUAAUUAGAUUUAAAAAAUAACUAAUGCAUAUUCGAAUUUAAGUAUAAAUAGGUAUAUUACAAAAAGAGUGCGUGUAUUAGGUGCGUCACAUCAUGCAGGUAUCUUUUGCGGGAUAAAAUAUCUAUCGCUCGUGUGAGUACAUUACCAGGCCGAUUGACACGACGACCAAUAAAAACGUAUUUGAUAUUUUGAUAACAAACUGUUUUAUUUAUGGGGGCUUGCACAAUUAAUUUUUUUGAGCAAAAGUGUAAGUUUAUAUUUUAAGGUUACCAGAAAGCAAAAAAUGGAAUGGAUCUUUAACUCGAGAUACCAGCUGAGAUCCCAGCUAAUUUUAACAGUACUUAUUUACGUACUUUACAUUACCCUUUAUCUUAGUUUUGUAAGCAUCUGGCCACUAAUAAAAAGUGGAAGUGCUGAGACGAGUAAAAUAUAUGAAUUUAUUAUAUCGGUUAUUAUAAAAUGUAUUGUUCUAAGAAGUAUAGAAAACAAGUAAGGUUUUAUACAUAAAAAAAUCCACCAAGCACAUUGCGGAGUAACCAGUCAAUUUUUUUUUCAACCAAAGAGCUUGUAGCGUAUAAUUCAUAUGUGAUCAGUGUUCUAAAACUUAUUUUAAUUUAAUUAACCCCCGAACUAAAAAAAGGGGUGUUAUAAGUUCGGCCGCUAUGUGUGUGUGUCUGUCUGUCUCGUAGCGCCUAAACGGAUGAACCGAUUUAAAUUUUUUUGGGGGUUCCGUACGCGAAAAAAAAGGUAAUUUAAUUGAGACAGUUCUUAUAUAUUUUUCGAGUGCGAGUUUAGGGUUCGGUACCCCAAAAAUUUGUCCUAAGCACUACUACAAUAAAAAUACAUAAUUUUAAAAAGCUACAGCUGUUUUAUAACCGAGCUUUGUAAAAUUACACUUACGUAAGAAUUAUCAAUCUUUGCAAGGCCCCUAUGUUAUAUCCGUCUAAAUAUAUUAUAUUGGUAUUCAAGCAUAAAUAAAUUGUGAUAAUUAUUAUUAAAUAAUCUUUUUUUAGGUAAAAUUUAGAUAGGUAAUAAAUAUUAAAUAAAGCAACGAUUUUGAAUCAAUGGUGGAACGUACUUAUACAAUUUAUUGUAAAAAAUGAAUGUAAAAAUAAUUACAGACAAAAAAC